CGCGCUGCGCAAGGCUGCUUGUUGUUCCCGCAGAGAGGCGAGAAGAUGGCGGCUGUGUCAAGCGGAGGUGCAGCGGGGUCCGCUGUGGCCGGGAUUACGCACUCUACCCGACCGGCCCACGCAGGCAUGGGCCCCCAGAACCGAUCACAGCCAUCCUCCGGGAUCAGCCACUCCAAUCGACCUAUCCCAACCGCUGGGUGCAUCACCAAUCCCGGCCAUCCCUCGGCCAGCAGGCCCCCCCCAGCCCGAGUGGGCUACUAUGAAAUCGAGCGGACCAUCGGCAAGGGAAAUUUCGCCGUUGUUAAAUUAGCAACACACAUCAUCACAAAAGCGAAGGUGGCAAUCAAAAUAGUGGACAAGACUCAGCUGGACGAUGAGAACCUGAAAAAGAUCUUCAGGGAGGUGCAGAUAAUGAAGAUGCUGAGGCACCCACACAUCAUCCGCCUCUACCAGGUGAUGGAGACUGAGAGAAUGAUCUAUCUAGUGACAGAGUAUGCCAGUGGCGGAGAGAUUUUUGACCACCUGGUGGCUCAUGGCAGGAUGGCAGAGAAGGACGCACGGCGGAAGUUCAAGCAGAUCGUGGCGGCCGUCCACUUCUGCCACUGUCGUAACAUCGUUCACAGAGACCUAAAGGCUGAGAACCUGCUGCUGGACCACAACCUCAACAUCAAGAUUGCAGACUUUGGCUUCAGCAACCUGUUCUCCCGAGGCCAGCUGCUGAAGACCUGGUGUGGGAGUCCUCCCUAUGCAGCCCCAGAGCUCUUUGAAGGGAAGGAGUACGAUGGACCCAAAGUGGAUAUCUGGAGUUUGGGCGUAGUUCUGUAUGUUCUGGUGUGUGGGGCUUUGCCGUUCGAUGGCAGCACCCUACAAAACCUAAGGGCCCGGGUGCUGAGUGGGAAGUUCCGCAUCCCCUUCUUCAUGUCUACUGACUGUGAGUACCUGAUCCGACACAUGUUGGUUCUGGAGCCUAGCCGACGCCUCUCCAUGGAGCAGAUCUGUAAAAACAAGUGGAUGAAGCAGGGAGACCCGGACCCUGAGUUUGAGAGGUUGAUAGUGGAAUGUGAGCAGGUGAAGUCUGACCGGGAGACGGAGAUCAUCAAUGAGCAGGUGCUGAUGGCCAUGUCUGAGAUGGGACUGGACCGUGAACGCACGCUCCAGUCUUUACGCACCGAUGAGUACGAUCACUACAGCGCCAUCUACAGCCUGCUCGCUGACCGCCUGAAGAAACACAAGACCCUGAGAGUGACCCCGCCCACACCACGCCCCAUUGGUUACCCUCUCAACACUGUACAGACGGAUCAGCAGGGUAAUCCUGUCAGCAUGACUGUCCCUCACGUCCAGCUUAUCAACCCAGAGAACCAGAUCGUUGAGCCGGAUGGAAACAUGGCUCUUGACAGUGACGAUGCAGAGGAACCGUCUCCGGAGGCCAUGGCUCGCUACCUGUCCAUGAGACGUCACACUGUGGGCGUCCCAGACCCCAGGACCGAGAUGCAGGAAGAGCUCCAGAAGCUGCCCCCUGGGUUCCCCCGUGCGUCUCCCCAGCCCAACUUCCCCCUGCACCCCACCAUGGGCCACAUGCACACGCCGAUUCCCAGCCAGAACUCACACUUGCAGCCCACGCAGCAGCUCGAGUACAAGGAGCAGUCCCUGUUGCAGCCACCCACCCUGCAGCUGCUGAACGGCAUGGGGCCCCUGGGACGCCGGGCCUCGGAUGGCGGGGCCAACAUUCAGCUGCACGCCCAGCUACUGAAGAGGCCCCGGGGACAGUCUCCUUUAGUCGCCAGCCCUCACCCCAUCCAGCCUGUGACUCCGGUGGAUGAGGAGGGCUCCGAUGGUGAGCCGGAUCAGGAGGCAGUGCAGAGGUACUUGGCGAACCGCUCCAAGCGGCACACGAUGCACGCGCCCAUGAGCACGGCACAUGGCGGAGAGCCGCUGGCAGACUCCCAGAGGCCACAGUGCUCCCGACAGAGGGGGUGGGCCCCGGAGCAGCACUGCCGGUCCAGUUAUAAGGACUGUAACACCCUCCACCUGCCCAUGGAGCGCUUUUCCCCUGUGAGACGGUUCUCUGAUGGGGCCACAACCAUCCAAGCCUUCAAGGCUCACCUGGAGAACAGCAGCCUUAUCAGGCAGCUCAAACAGGAAUGCGAGCAGCUGCAGAAGAUGUACGCCUCCCCGCAGGACGAGAGGCUCCUGGAGCACACGCAGCAACAGCACGUUAUGUACCAGCAGGAGCAGCAGAUCCUACACCAGCAGAUACAGGCCCUCUCGUUGGGACACGGAGAGAACCAGCCCAGUCACCUGACCCACCAGCUCCAGAGGUUGCGUAUCCAGCCCUCCAGCCCACCGCCUACACAUCCCAGCAACCACCUGUUCCGACAGCCCAAUCAGAGCCCCCCUCCGACGGCGAUGAUACAGGGGCAUGGUGGGCCAUCUGCGGUCCCGUACCAGCACAGCCACGCCCUAUACCAGCCCUCCGGCGGGAGUCCUCCCCCGUGCGGCCUCCGACCAGUGCCGCUCCCAUCCCAGCAGCAGGCCUGCGCCUCGGCCCGGGGCGUCGGCGGGCCCCAGCAGCAGGUGACCAUCCAGGUGCAGGAGGUGGAGCAUGGGGGAGGCGGUCGCCAGCAGCAGGCCUUUCUGUCCACUCCGUGCGCCCACCGGGUCCUGGGGAAGCAGCUGAGCGCCGACAAUGCCGAGACCCACAGCCGCAGUCUCGGACGCUUCAACACGUACGACCAGGCCGCCUUCAACCCCCACCUUUUUGGUGAGGGGUCGCGACCCUCGGGGGUGGUGGGUGGCUACAACCUCUAUCUCCAGGGGACCUCCCUCAACGUGCCGGGCAUGGAGGGGUACCAGGGCGGGGGCUACGGGAGCCCGUCCGCCCUACAGCAAGCCCUACUGUCCCCCACCCCACUGGAGUACCGGGCGCAGCACCACGUCACCCCCACCCUGCAGGGUCUCCUCUCCCCCCGCCACUCCCUCACCGGCCACAACGACCCCCGCCUGCCCCCCCAGGACCUAGCCGCCCUGCUGAAGAGGCAGAGUCCCCGGCCGGCGCCCCCCACCACCCCCAACGUGCCCCAGGACUACGGGGAGAUGCUGCUGCUGCGUCAGCUGGGCCAGGGGGAGCCCCUGGAGCCGAGGGCCCAGGCGGGGACCCAGCACCCCUACCACCACCUCCUGCAGAUCAGGCCCCCGGACGUCCACCCGCCCAUCCUGCCCCACUCGGAGAGUAUGGAGGAGGACGACCUGCCGGCCGGCUACCACGAGGGCCUCCUGGCCAAAGCCCAGGGCCCCGGCGACGGCCACGAGCUGCUGGGUCCCCCCCGGGGAGGGACGCCCCCCUACAGCUCCCCCACUCACAGACACGCCUACGUGAGGAGCGCCACCACAACCAGAGACAAUGAGCACGUUGACUGCCGGAGCCACGGGCAGCAGGUUAUGGAGCAGGGCGUGGCUGACCACAACGGAGGAGGGGCCUACCCCGCCAGGGGCCCCCAGGGGGACGGUUAUCGGCCCCGGGGCCAGCUACAGCGUCACCACACCAUCCAGACAUGUGACGAUGCCUAUGACCAGGCCGAGCCCAUGUCCGGGAUGAGCCUAUUGGCUGGCAAGGCUCUGAGCUCCGCCCGCAUGUCUGACAUCCUCAGCCAGUCGUCUCUGACAGGAAGCCAGCAGCUUCACCAGCGGGAGGAAUCAGUGUGUGACGUGGGGGAGGAGCUCCACCCUGGGUCCUGCUACCCAUCAUCCUGCACCAGCGACAUGCUGCUGAGCUACAAACCCCCUGACCUGCAGUACAGCAUGGAGCAGGCUGGGGUCUAACUCGGGGGGCGUCACCCGGCUGAACAGGUCCCAGUAUGCCACCUGAAUUGAGCAGCGUCACGCCAAACCGCCGCAGUCUGUCUGGAGGGGGGCGCUCUCUGUCAGCCUGGGGGAGGGCAGACCAGGUCGGGACGGGUGGGGUGAAUGGCUGGGGUGGGUAGGGAGUCCAAUGCCGGCGUUCUGUUCUGCACAGCCAUCCAGCAAGCUCUGCCGUCAUUGUCUCUCCGUUUCGGCUCUUCCCUCUGAUUGGAUAGAUUGGGCUCCGCCUCCCCCAUUCUGUUCUCUCUUCGUACCCACUCAUGACCCGCCCUCCUGUUCCCCCUUAUUCCCACACCCCCAGCUUAAACGUUGCCACAGCAACUUAGUCAUGCGCCUCAAUGUCCAAGGCAUUCAUGUAGGCCAAAACAUACACAGAUGAAAGCAUAAAAACACACAUACACAGCCACAAACCCAAAGUAUUUACACCAAGUCUGUGUGCGGGGAUGAGGUUCUGUCCACUCCUCCCUCCCCCUCUGCUGUGUUCAGUGGACCAUUCCGGAGCGGGCCGGGAUCUCAGAGCCCAGGAGGGCAUCUCUGGUCGACCCAUUCCAUUGGGCUUGCAUGUUUGGGUCAGGCUUGGAGGUGCUCAAAAAAAUUCAAACAUGGAGCUCAGCGAAAUCGAGAUGGCCAGGACAACCAGCUCUCAUUUUAUCCUUUUUAUUUUCCUGUUGUUCUUUUUCUUAAUUUUAUUUUCUUAAUUUUUAUGGCUAAUGUUCAUCUAGAGAUUAUGAUCAUUAUUACUAUUACUGAUAUUACUGGUUUCUGUAAAAUAAGUUUUAUUGCUAUUAUUAUUAUAAUGAAUAUUAUUAUUAAAGGAAAAAAGCUGUUCUGUGUUGCAAUGAAGACAACAUUUUUGUUUUGAUUACUUAGGUAAUUCUGCACUUUCGGUUCAAGCGAUCUUUUAUUCUUCUGUCUGUUCACACUCAUCCUACCUUUACCUUCUCGCAGUCCCUUUUUCGCUUUUAUUUUACGCUGCGU